GUGAUGAUCGGGACUGCAAUAAAAACAAGGCGAGCCGUUCUGCAUCAUCAAUUGAUCGUUGAGGUUAAACCCUACAGAGACAAGGGCGUUUGAAAGAUCGAAAGUGCGUUUGAGGAUAAUUUGCACUGUGUCUGUUACAUACGUCAUCGGCGGCCUUCCUGAAAUGGAGAGCAUCGUAUCACACGCGAUAAUGGAUCCACCGGAAAACUCGACGGACGGCGGCCAAGUCAUGGAGGAUGAGCAGAUCCGCCUGAAGCAGACGCUGGGGGUUGUAGUCGUCUUCGUCGUAGCGUACAUCCUCCUCUUCAUCGUCUGUGUGAUUGGGAACUCCCUGGUCUGCCUGGUCAUUGCAAAGAUCCCCAGAAUGCGCACAGUAACCAACUUCUACAUCUUAAACCUGGCUGUUGGGGAUCUGUUGGUGGGGAUUUUCAGCAUGCCAUUCACCUUGGCAGAUAACAUCAUCAUGGGAUGGCCGUUCGGUUACGUGAUGUGUAAGUUGUCCUCUGCCGCCACUGUCAUCUCUGCGGGCGCAUCCGUCUUCACUCUGAUCGCCAUCGCAGUAGACAGGUUCUACGCGGUGAUACAUCCGAACGAACCCAAGUUCACGUCCGAACAUAACGGUGUGGUCAUCGCCAUUAUCUGGGCCCUGGCUGUCAUCUUUGCCAUCCCACAGGUAGUGGUCAUGGACACCCGACCAUACGUGUCUGCUGACGACAACAGCACAUACACGCUUUGUGUCGAGACGUGGCCGAACUACUUCAAACGCGAGAUCUAUACUGUGCUGCUGUUUGUUAUUUUAUAUAUGUUACCCCUCUGUAUCAUUGGUUAUUUAUACCUGCGAGUUGGGUUUAAAGUAUGGUGUCGCCCUGUACCGGGAGGAGGGGAAAGAAAUAACGCCAGCCGGCGAAAAUACCGAACCAUUAAAAUGUUGCUCGUUGUUGUAGUUUGUUUUGCAGUAUCCUGGCUCCCGAUUCAUACUGUGAUGCUCAUCAACGAUUGUGGCAAUCCGUCAAUCGAACAGAGAAACAUAAUCUACUACUACGUCUUUCCGAUUGCGCACUGGUUCUCGUACUUGCAAAGCUCUAUCAAUCCGGUUAUAUAUGGCUACUUUAAUAGGAACUAUCGUAGGGGAUUUACAGAGUUUUCGUCUACUUUGCGGCGGACUUUGUCGGGAGGGCAUGGAGUCGGAAGGAGAAGUCUUCCAACUCCUCAGUUAUAAAUAUGCAGAAUUGUCUCCAUUUCGUCAAGGAAAGUAGAAUAGCCUGACCAUGCAUCACGCGUCUAGCAGCCCUUACAUGUGUCAGGUUCCUAAAAGCUUGCUGGCAACACAUUUAAGUCUGAAGAAUUGGAAACAUUCUGACUAGACCAAUUAUUGUCGGAUACAGUCUGUUAUCAGUGUGUUGAUAAUUGCGAUGAUUGUUUUUAGUGGCAGAAUCAUGAGCUCAUGCUGGGCUGACAUGUUACUUAUCUAAAUAAUACUGAGCUCCUUUCCUAAAUAAGAAGUACUUGCCACAUUAUACUCCCAAAAGCUCUAGGGGGGAGGGUGCUAAUUAAACAGUUUGGGCAGACAUGUUCAAAAUAAAGAGCGUUGGCAUAUAGUGCCGCGCCGUGCUGUUUAAAAAUCACGUUGGUUUGUAAUUGUCGCGUUGUCUUUGAACGGUUUUUGUGUAAAGAUGAACUUAGCUGGUACGAUGUCAUUUUGGGGUGUUGGUGAUAGUGUGUAACAAUUCGUUGAAGUCCUAAAAAUGGUCGUCAUUUCAAAGAACUAUCACAGUAUUGACAUGUCAAUAUCAAUUACUAAUUGUUAGAUAUAAUACAUCACAUCUCAUGUUAUGUAUAGUUAAGAAUGUAUUCAAGAGUGUAGAAAUGUUAAAGACUUGAGGCCUACACAGGUAAUAUGUAUACGUAAAGGAAACUGUCAGGAUAACAAUUUUGUUUAAGCGAAAGCUACAUUGUCGGUUUAGGGUUUUAGAAAACAACUCUGUGAAAGCAAUGACCUCCAUUAAAACCAAUACAGCUAACAUAGUGUCAUAUAUAUUUUGUUUUAAUUUUAUUUA